AUGAUGGUGGCGCGUGGGCGGAGCUCGGCGGCGGCGGCGGCAGCGGUGGCUGCCCUGAUGAUGGCGCUGACAGCCGGGAUGGGCGGCGGACUGGUCUCCGGCGCCGUCGUUCAGUUCAUCUUCGGGGACUCCCUCAUCGACGUCGGGAACAACAACUACCUCAGCAAGAGCCUCGCUAGGGCGACGCUGCCCUGGUACGGCAUCGACUUCGGCAAUGGCCUACCCAACGGGAGAUACAGCAACGGCCGCACAGUCUCUGAUAUCGUCGGUAGGUCAGCGGCUUCUUCUUCUUCCUCCGGCGAAGCCUCCGGUUAGUUAACCUAACGGGGGGCGGCGAGUUGCAGGGGACAUGAUGGGCCUCCCGCGGCCGCCGGCGUUCCUCGACCCCGCCGUCAACGAGGACGUCAUACUGGCCAGCGGGUUGAACUACGCUUCCGGCGGUGCUGGCAUCCUCAAUGAGACAUCCUCAUUUUUCGUACCUUCAAAACCCUAAGAAGCUCCCUCAUCUUUUCUCCUUUUUCCUCUCGCUUACUCUCUCCCUCUGUGUUGUGCAGAUCCAGAGAUUGUCUCUGUACAAGCAGAUCGAGCUGUUUCAGGGGACGCAGACGAUCAUCGGGAGGAAGAUCGGCGGCGAGGCGGCGCAGAAGUUCUUCAAGGAAGCACGAUAUGUUGUCUCGCUGGGGAGCAACGACUACAUCAAUAAUUUCCUGAUGCCGUUCUCCUCCGACUGGUCCUACGGCUCCGACAAGUUCAGCGACUACCUCAUGUCAACGCUCGACUCCCAGCUUAGGGUAAGUUUCCAAACCGCCGCCAGAGCGUUGCUGGAACGCCGCCGUGGGGGAUAAUGACGCCGUCGUCUUGUGGGCAGCUGCUGUACUCACUGGGGGCGAGGAAGCUGAUGUUCUUCGGUUUGGGGCCGAUGGGAUGCAUCCCCUUGCAGCGGUUCUUCUUGAGCUCCGGCGAGUGCAGGGAGAGCACGAACCAGCUCGCCCUAGACUUCAAUAAGAAGGCCAGGCGGCUCAUAGAGGGCCUGUCGGCAAGUCUCACCGGCGCCGCCUUCAGCUACGGCGACGCCUACGACAUCGUCUUGGAUAUCGUCGCCAAGCCUCUCAAAUACGGUGAGCUUCAGCUUGCUCCGAAUCGCUGCCCACCAGCCGCCGCUGCCGCUGCCGCCGCCGCCGCCAUUGACGAUGUCGUGCCGUGGUUUGCAGGAUUCAACGAGUCGUACGAGCCGUGCUGCACUCUGGGAAGGAUCCGGCCGACGUUGACCUGCACGCCGCUGUCGAGCCUCUGCAAGGACAGGAGCAAGUACGUGUUCUGGGACGAGUACCACCCCACGGACCGCGCCAACGAAAUCAUCGCCGUCGCCAUCGCCCGGAAGCUCGGAAUCGCCCCCGUCAAAGCCACUGUGCCGCUCACUCGCUGA